AGCGAGUUGGAACGAGAGGCGGCGCCAUUGCAGUGCCGUGAAGUUUCUAACUUGACUCCAUGUCCUGCUCGCCCUUGCGCUCCCAGCAUCUGUCGCGAGUCCAGUCGAGUCCCAAGCUCAGGAGUCGAAAGGGAUUAAGCUGCGUAUUCCGACUGGCUCGAGCUUGACCCUCGAGAUUCCGGGACAGCGUCUCGAGUGACUCGAAAGGAGUCUGUCCCGCCGAAAGGAGUCGCCCAGCCUCCCACUGCUCCCAGCCGCUCUCCCUGCGUUUCACGCCGCGCAUUCCACGCAUUCCACGCUGCUCCCAUCGCCAAAAUCUCCAGACUUUUCUAAAGCUUGUGCGUUAAAAGCCACGCGAAACGACCGAUACAAAGGCCGAAGUCUGCUCCCUUUUCCGUAAACGGGGUCUGGUAGCAAAGGCGCUUGAGUCGUCUCAAUAAUAGGGGCGGACACGUGGCGCCGCCAGAAUGGUGGCGAGUCUGUUCGUCGAGGCGGCACGUGGCGCGCAGCUAGAGGUGCUGCGACAGGCGACGGUAUGGGAUCGCAUCGCCGUCGCGACGACGCUCGCGGUAACAUUCGCGAAAGAGCUCGUCGGCAUUUUCGGCAACGCGCCGUACGGGUUUCACGCCAUGGCGAUGUAUCGAAGCGUGUUCUACGCUAGUAAGCGCGGCUUAGAAGGUCCGCGGAGCAAUGGCGGAAGCGGAAGCGGAGCCGGGGAAAUGGGCGCGGACGCGGAGGGGGAGAUCGCGCACAGGGAAGCGGGAGACGCGGAAAGCCCGUCGGCGGCGCGGCGGUCGGCGAUCGGGAUCCGCAAAAUGCGGAGGCAGCUCACGUCGACAGUGUGGAACUGGGCGUCGUCGAUGGAAGCGAUGCUGUGGCAGGGUUUGCCACAUGGCGGCGUGCGAGUGGUCUACGACAUUCGCUACGGGCCUCGUCCACGCAACACCCUUGACAUCUACAUGCCGCCAGAUCUGACACCGGACAGC